AGCCCCGGGGGCGGGAGCUCCAGCCUUUUUCUCUUUCGCUCGCUCUCUCCCCUCCACCCCCUCCCCUCCUCCUCUUUCUCCAAAUGGAGAGAGUUCUUUUUUUUCUUCUUCCAUCUCAUCUAUUGAAUCAAGGAGCUGCUGCGGCCGCUGCCCGCUGCACACACACAGAGCGGAGUCCCCAGGUCCCGGGAGCCAGAGAGGCGCGUUGCACGGGGGCAGAAUGGUCCAGCCAGUCGGCAGAGAGCACAAAAAAGCAGAGUCCAGGACCGAGCAGCCAGCGAGAACCCAGCAGCCAGAGCCCGAGCAGCCCGAGCAGCAGUUUCAGGAGCCGCCACCGCCAGCGGCGGCGGCGGCAGCCCCAGCCCGGCAGCGCUGAGACACGCCGGCUGCCCCGGGACCCCGCGGCGGCGGCGGCUCCGCGCCUGUUCUCCGCGGCCACUGCAGCCACACGGGAGGCGCCCGAGGGGCCAGCGAGGCCGGUUGGUGCAGCGGGGAGCUGCCGGCGCUUUCUGCUGUGAAGGGGUCGCGGCGUGGGGCGCGGGGCGGGUAGGGGGAGCUGGGGACCGCGAGGACCGCCGACCGACAGGCUUGCACCGCGGGCCGGCUUUCGCCCUCCCGCGAACUGGAUGUGGGCAGCGGCGGCCGCAGAGACCUCGGGACCCCCGCGCAAUGUGGCAAUGGAAGGCGCAGGGUCUGAGUCCCCGGCAGUGGCCGUGGCUGCAGCGGCAGCGGCGCCCGCCGUGUGAGCAGCAGGAGCGGCAGCAGCGGCAGGUCUGUCAGCCGGAGCCCGAGCCCGAGCAGCCGGCGGCCAGCAGCUUCCUCGCGAGCCGAGCGCCCGGGCGUGCCGGGAGCCCGCAGCGGCCGCAGCAGCGCGCGGGGCCGCCCGGGAAGGCUCGGUUCUCCCGGCGGCGGCGGCAACAUGGCCUCGGCUAGGAACGCCGCGGAGUCUCAGGACCCCGGCGGCAGCUGCGGUGGGGCCCCGGGUCGGCCGGCCGGCGGCGGCGGGAGGCGCAGACGGAUCGGGGGCUUGCGCCGCAUCGCCGCGCCGGACCGGGACUAUCUGCACCGGCCCAGCUAUUGCGACGCCGCCUUUGCUCUGGAGCAGAUUUCCAAGGGGAAGGCUACUGGCCGGAAAGCGCCGCUGUGGCUGCGAGCGAAGUUUCAGAGACUCUUAUUUAAACUGGGUUGUUACAUUCAAAAAAACUGCGGCAAGUUCUUGGUUGUGGGCCUCCUCAUAUUUGGGGCCUUCGCUGUGGGAUUAAAGGCAGCUAAUCUCGAGACCAACGUGGAAGAGCUGUGGGUGGAAGUUGGUGGUCGAGUAAGUCGUGAAUUGAAUUAUACUCGCCAGAAGAUUGGAGAAGAGGCAAUGUUCAAUCCUCAACUCAUGAUUCAAACCCCAAAAGAAGAAGGUGCUAACGUCCUGACCACAGAAGCACUUCGACAGCACUUGGACUCAGCACUGCAGGCCAGCCGAGUCCAUGUGUAUAUGUACAACAGGCAAUGGAAAUUGGAGCAUUUGUGUUACAAAUCUGGAGAACUGAUCACAGAAACUGGCUAUAUGGAUCAGAUAAUAGAAUAUCUUUACCCUUGUUUAAUUAUUACACCUUUGGACUGCUUCUGGGAGGGGGCAAAGUUACAGUCUGGGACAGCAUACCUACUAGGUAAACCUCCUUUGCAGUGGACAAAUUUUGAUCCUUUGGAAUUCCUAGAAGAGUUAAAGAAAAUCAAUUAUCAAGUGGAUAGCUGGGAGGAAAUGCUGAGUAAGGCUGAAGUUGGUCAUGGUUACAUGGACCGGCCCUGUCUCAAUCCAGCCGAUCCAGAUUGUCCAGCUACAGCCCCCAACAAAAACACAACCAAACCUCUUGAUAUGGCCCUUGUUUUGAAUGGUGGAUGUCAUGGAUUAUCCAGAAAGUAUAUGCACUGGCAGGAGGAAUUGAUUAUAGGUGGCACAGUCAAGAACAGCACUGGGAAACUGGUCAGCGCCCAUGCUUUACAGACCAUGUUUCAGUUAAUGACCCCCAAGCAAAUGUACGAACACUUCAAGGGCUAUGAGUAUGUCUCUCACAUCAGCUGGAAUGAGGACAAAGCAGCUGCUAUCCUGGAAGCUUGGCAGAGAACUUAUGUAGAGAUGGUUCAUCAGAGUGUUCCCCAGAACUCCACUCAGAAGGUACUCUCCUUCACCACGACAACCCUGGAUGACAUCCUGAAGUCUUUCUCUGAUGUCAGCGUCAUUCGAGUGGCCAGUGGCUACUUACUUAUGCUUGCCUAUGCCUGUUUAACCAUGUUGCGCUGGGACUGCUCCAAGUCCCAGGGUGCCGUGGGGCUGGCUGGUGUCCUGUUGGUUGCACUGUCAGUGGCUGCAGGAUUGGGCCUGUGCUCAUUGAUCGGGAUUUCCUUUAAUGCUGCAACAACUCAGGUUUUGCCGUUUCUUGCUCUUGGUGUUGGUGUAGACGACGUUUUCCUCCUUGCCCAUGCAUUUAGUGAAACAGGACAGAAUAAAAGAAUUCCAUUUGAGGACAGGACCGGGGAGUGUCUUAAGCGCACCGGAGCCAGCGUAGCCCUCACGUCCAUUAGCAAUGUCACAGCCUUCUUUAUGGCAGCACUAAUCCCCAUCCCUGCUCUUCGGGCCUUCUCCCUUCAGGCUGCUGUUGUGGUAGUAUUCAACUUUGCUAUGGUUCUGCUCAUUUUCCCUGCAAUACUCAGCAUGGAUUUGUAUAGACGUGAGGACAGACGGCUGGAUAUUUUCUGCUGUUUUACAAGCCCCUGUGUCAACAGAGUGAUUCAGGUGGAGCCUCAGGCCUAUACAGAGACUCAAGACAACACCCGUUACAGUCCCCCACCUCCCUACAGCAGCCACAGCUUCACGCAUGAGACGCAGAUCACCAUGCAGUCCACCGUUCAACUGCGCACUGAGUAUGACCCCCACACACAUGUGUACUACACCACGGCUGAGCCUCGUUCUGAGAUAUCUGUGCAACCUGUCACCCUAACCCAAGAUACCCUCAGCUGCCAGAGCCCCGAGAGCACCAGCUCUACUCGGGACCUCCUAUCCCAGUUCUCAGAUGCCAGCCUCCACUGCCUGGAGCCUCCCUGUACCAAGUGGACACUCUCAUCUUUUGCUGAAAAGCACUAUGCUCCUUUCCUCUUAAAACCCAAAGCCAAGGUGGUGGUGAUCUUCCUUUUUCUGGGCUUGCUAGGCGUCAGCCUCUAUGGGACCACCCGAGUGCGUGAUGGACUGGACCUUACAGAUAUUGUGCCUAGGGAAACCAGAGAAUAUGACUUUAUUGCUGCACAGUUUAAAUACUUUUCUUUCUACAACAUGUAUAUAGUCACCCAGAAAGCAGACUACCCGAAUAUUCAGCACUUACUUUAUGACCUUCAUAAGAGUUUCAGUAAUGUGAAGUAUGUUAUGUUGGAAGAAAACAAACAGCUUCCUAAAAUGUGGCUGCACUACUUCAGAGAUUGGCUCCAAGGACUUCAGGAUGCAUUUGACAGUGACUGGGAAACUGGGAAAAUCAUGCCAAACAAUUACAAAAAUGGAUCCGAUGAUGGGGUCCUUGCCUACAAACUUCUGGUGCAGACCGGCAGCCGAGAUAAACCCAUUGAUAUCAGCCAGUUGACUAACCGGCGCCUGGUGGACGCAGAUGGCAUCAUUAAUCCCAGUGCUUUCUACAUCUAUCUGACCGCUUGGGUCAGCAAUGACCCUGUGGCUUAUGCUGCCUCCCAGGCCAACAUCCGGCCUCAUCGUCCUGAGUGGGUCCAUGACAAAGCUGACUACAUGCCAGAGACAAGACUGAGAAUCCCAGCAGCAGAACCCAUCGAAUACGCUCAGUUCCCUUUCUACCUCAAUGGUUUGCGUGACACCUCAGACUUUGUUGAAGCAAUCGAAAAAGUCCGAACCAUCUGCAACAACUACACAAGCCUGGGACUCUCCAGUUACCCAAAUGGCUACCCCUUCCUUUUCUGGGAGCAGUACAUUGGCCUUCGCCACUGGCUCCUGCUGUCCAUCAGCGUGGUGCUGGCCUGCACAUUCCUGGUCUGUGCUGUCUUCCUCCUGAACCCCUGGACUGCCGGGAUCAUUGUGACAGUCCUGGCACUGAUGACAGUCGAGCUUUUUGGCAUGAUGGGCCUUAUUGGAAUCAAACUGAGUGCAGUGCCUGUGGUCAUCUUGAUAGCAUCUGUUGGCAUAGGAGUGGAAUUCACUGUUCAUGUGGCUUUGGCCUUCCUAACAGCUAUUGGUGAUAAGAACCGCAGGGCUGUGCUUGCUCUGGAGCACAUGUUUGCACCUGUUCUGGAUGGCGCUGUUUCCACUCUGCUGGGAGUGUUGAUGCUGGCAGGAUCUGAGUUUGAUUUCAUUGUGAGAUAUUUCUUUGCUGUUUUGGCAAUCCUGACGAUCCUGGGUGUUCUCAAUGGACUGGUUUUACUUCCAGUCCUUUUAUCCUUCUUCGGACCGUAUCCCGAGGUGUCUCCAGCUAAUGGGCUAAACCGACUGCCCACUCCUUCCCCUGAGCCACUACCUAGUGUUGUCCGGUUUGCUGUGCCCCCUGGUCAUACAAACAAUGGGUCUGAUUCCUCUGACUCCGAGUACAGUUCUCAGACAACUGUUUCAGGCAUCAGCGAGGAGCUUCGGCACUACGAUACCCAGCAGAGUGCUAGGGGUCCUGCCCACCAAGUGAUCGUGGAAGCCACAGAAAAUCCCGUUUUUGCCCGUUCCACAGUGGUCCCUCCUGAAGUGAGACAUCACCCAACCUCAAACCCUCGACAGCAGCCCCAACUGGACUCAGGGUCCCUGCCACCUGGACGAACAGGCCAGCAGCCCUGGAGGGAACCUCCCAGAGAAGGCUUGCGGCCACCCCCCUAUAGACCGCGCAGAGACGCUUUUGAAAUUUCUACUGAAAGGCAUCCUGGCCCUAGCAACAGGGACCACACGGGCCCCCGGGGAGCUCGUUCUCACAACCCAAGGCACCCAGCAUUCACUGCCACGGGCAGCUCUGUGCCCGGCUACUGCCAGCCCAUCACCACGGUGACGGCCUCGGCAUCCGUGACUGUUGCUGUGCACCCCCCGCCUGCCCCCGGGCCCGGGCCUAGUCGGAAUCCCCGAGGGGGGCUCUGUCCAGGCUACGAGGACUACCCCAAGACUGACCACGGGCUGUUUGAGGACCCCCAUGUGCCCUUUAAUAUCCGACGUGAGAGGAGGGAUUCCAAGGUGGAAGUGAUAGAGCUGCAGGACGUGGAAUGUGAGGAGAGGCCCCGGGGCAACAGCUCCAACUAAGGGUGAGUAAAAUCUGAAGCAAAGAGGCCAAAGAUUGGAAGCCCCCAUCCCCCACCCCCCACCUUUUUCCGGAACUGCUUGAGAACUGCUGGGCGUUACCGAGAUGUGCUGCUUGGAAGAGCAGUUCAUUGUUACUGUAACCAAUUGUAUUAUUUUGUGAAAUAUUUCUAUAAGUAUUUAAGAGGUGUACACAUGUAAUAUAAAAGGAAUGGAUGUAAAGUAGUGUGAUCUGGGUUUCUCCACUCCUAACGUUGAGCAAGGAGUGAGUGGAGGGAUGACCGCAGUGGGUCCCCUCCCUAUUUGUACAUUGGUCUUUGUGCCACAACCAAGCUUAACUUACUCUUAAAUUCCAGCAUAUGUUGCUGCUGCUUAAGUAUUGUAUAAUUUACCUGUAUAAUUCUAUGCAAAUAUUGCUUAUGUAAUAGGAUUAUUUUGUAAAGGUUCCUGUUUAAAAUAUUUUUAAAGUUGCAUAUCACAACCCUGUGGUAGUAUGAAAUGUUACUGUUAACUUGCAAACACGCUAUGCGUGGUAAUUUUUUGUUGUUUAAUGAGCAGAUAUGAAGAAAGCACGUUAAUCUCAGUGGCUUCUGUAGGUGUAGUUGGAUGUGAUUCUCCUGUCUGGCUGUUUGUGAACACGUGUGUGAUUUCCCAAUGUACUGUACUGUACUGUGAUUUGUUCGUUUGUGUCUUUGUAUCUUCUCCCUGUCUGUAACCCAGAGUGGACUCUGACCUAGUUGGGCUAGGAGAGUCAGGAUACCUUUAUUGUUUCAGUAAAGGGCUAGCUCUAAACAUCGCCUCAUCCUUUUGCCAGACUUGCUUCAAGUCCAGGGCAUUUUCUUAAAACCACCCACUGCCAUCCAGAUACCCCAGUUUGUGCCUUAGAGAAGAUAAAUUCCUUUGUGGAUCAUUGUGGUGGACAUUGGAACCUCAGGGUAUAUGCUCACAUCUGUUUAUCUUUGUGGGUAUUAAACAAUUAAGAGCCUCAACUGGGUCCUGAGCAGCCUUCAUUUACCUCUCUCAUUACCAGCGUGCACAUACGCAUGCACGCACGCACGCACACACGCAUGCUCAACACCAAUCAAACUUUAAGAGUGGAUGGAAAAUCUUUUUGGGAGAAAAUGAUCCUGCUACAGGUAUAAACGCCUGUUAAAUUCUGGGCCCACAAUAAACCCAGAGGUGAUACUUUGAGUCCCUACACUUUAAACUUCCUCUCUUCCUAAACUGCAUAAUUAGCUGGGGCAUUUUGGGUCUGGUUUUUGGUUUCUUUUUUUCUUUGUCUUUUCAAAUAAAUAGUGCAUAUCCAAUAGGGUGGCAUGUAGUCAGAAGUUCCAUAGGAUGUGAGCUUCAGAAGGAUCCUUGUCAGUAUGCUAAUAUUUACGUGGGUGAACCCUUCUCCCACCAUUCUUUUUGUCCUUUAAUCAAUUCUUCUAUCUUGCUCUGAGGUUUGGUCUUCCUCCCCUCUUAGCCAGAGACCAGCUAAUGUCAGGGAAGCACUUGGUACCUGGACUAAGCUACUGUAGGAGUGUACAAAUGGCAGCCCCAUUGUGCCCUUCUGUUUUAUGUGGAAAAUUCUUUAAAGGCCACAGGUCCCUAGCAGUACCAGCAGCAUAGUGACCUCAGAUCCUAAAACUCACCACAAGAAACUGUAAGACUCUAAUUGAAAACCACCUGUGGCUGCCAGGUGUGUAUGUGAAUAUGCCAUGGGCUCUAAAUGGACCCCCGCUGCUACUGUUUGGUGCCUCUUGUCAGCCAGACUGUCUACCUAGCAUCCAGCUCUGCUCUGAAAACUUACUGUCCUGCAUUCAGGAAAAAGAUGAUGCAAAAUUCUGACAUGUGCCUCCCUCUGGCUCUCGGCAUUGCCUUUGCUCCUUUCCUGAGCCCAGUGUGUGUGGUGCAUGACAGUGUGUAUGGCCUUUGCUUUCUGCAUAGCAUAGACCUUUCUCCAGUAGUCACAUUGGCAAAGGGAGAACUCGGGGGCUGGCAGGCAACUAGAAAUGCUCUUCUUAGUUUUUAUUUUGUCUGUCUUGUUUGUUUAUUUGGAUGUUUUAAUUUUUUAAAAGAAUCUUGGCUGAUAUUUAUAAUUUUGUAUCAUAAGAAUUUUUCCUACAGUAUUUGUCAUGCCAGUUUAUAACAAAUUGCAGGGAUUUUAUUUCUAUUGGAAACACUAUUACAGUUAUGUUUUCCUUUUGAACAGAAUUUUUAUUUGUAUAGAGUGCUUACUAAUGUUAAAUAGUUCAGAGUAUAUAACAUUUUCAUUAAGGACUCAUGAUAGGUUUUAGUUUAAGGAGUUUAAAAGAAAUAAAUAUUCAAACUGGGUCUCAUUGGCUGCCAGUUUUGGCAGAAAUGGGUUUGUGUCAUUUCAAUUACAAAGAUAAAAGUAUGCCAUAUAAUUUAUUUAUAUGAAAAUUUAUUUUUGUAGUGUACAUAGUAGUCAUCAAGUCUUUUGACAGAAGUAUAUUUUUAAAGAAUUUAUAUGUGAUGAAUCCAUAAUGUCUGGAACUUUGCUGAGACAUGAGUGGGGCACACUUUUCAUUGUAAAAUACAGCAAGGAAAAGAAAAUGUUUGAACAGUGUUAAGAGAGUGAGAUUGAGUGAAGAUUCUUACAAUUGUGAAAUGUAUUAGUUACCAUUUGUGACCUAGCAUGGUUCUCAUUGUAAACCUUGGAAGGCAAAAAUGUACAAACUCUCUAAAUAUUAAUGUUCAAACACUGAUAGAAAAAUUCUAACAUGAAUAAAAAAUAAUAUAACUUGUUGGUUA